AUGACGAGCCCGCCAGCAUCGCCGCGAAGGCGGCACAUUCUAUCAUCAGUCAACCCCGAAGAGCGUCGUGAGCCGGCGCCGCGACUCACCAAGCACAGCUCGCCCGCUCCCGGCGCAACUGAACCAAAAGGGGAAGAGACAUCAGCGGCAGGCGAUGGCGAAAACCUACAGCCUAAGCCAUCUCGUAUCCGGCUGAAGUCGAAACACUCGAGGUCGAGCCGGUCGCAUCGCGACCGCGACCGCGACGAUGCCGAGGACCGUUCCUCCCAUCACCGUCACCACCACCGUCGGCGACAUCGAAGGCGAUCGCGAUCCCCGACCCCGCCCGACCCCUACGAACAAAAGCCCCUCGACCCGGAUGCCGCGUUUCGCGAAUCCCUCUUCGACGCGAUGGCCGAUGAUGAAGGUGCGGCGUAUUGGCAAGGCGUCUACGGACAGCCGAUACACGUUUACUCUAACGAGCGGCCCGGCCCAGAGGGUGAGCUGGAGCGAAUGACGGAUGAAGAGUAUGCCCAGCACGUCCGGCAGAAGAUGUGGGAGAAGACGCACCAGGGCCUGAUCGAGGAGAGGGCCCGUCGGGAGGAGGCGCGGAAACGCAAGAGUGAGGAAGAGAAGCGGAAUCGAAAACUGCAGGAAGACAUGGAGCGAAGCCUCCGCCGCGGAGAGGAGCGCCGCAGGAAGAGAAUGUGGACGCAGCUCUGGGAGGAAUAUGCGCAGGCCUGGUCUGACUGGGCCAAUGACGUGGACAAGAUACCGUGGCCCGUGGAGAGCAGGCUGCGCAGGGACAUCGGUGAGAAGGAGGUCAGGCGGUUCAUUGUCAAUGGGCUGGCGGUGGAGGAGGUUGGCGAGAAGGAGUUCGCCGCGAAGCUACGCGAGGAACGUGUGCGGUGGCACCCGGACAAGAUGCAGCAGAAGCUCGGCGGGCAGGUGGAUGACGGUGUCAUGAAGGACAUCACGGCAGUUUUCCAAAUCAUUGAUAAGUUAUGGGCAGAUACCCGGUCGAAGGCGUAG